AUGUCGGGCUCCUGUGACCAAAUUUCAAUGCUCAUCGCGUUGUGGGUUUCGAGUUUAAACUCGUUUCUGGACUUCGCAGAUUUUUAUUAUCGUGCAGUCAGCCUGGUCAUCCAAGCCCUGUUUACAACGCCGCUGGCUUAUGUGACUCAAGCCAUUCUGAGCCAGCAUAUCGAUCGGAUGCCACGCCGAAUGUCUCAUCUCUUUUCCAUUUGGAAUUCCGAGCCUGUGCGCAUCUCCCAAAUGCACGCUCACAAUUCAUUGAGGCCGAAAUUUGUGAACUCUCAGCAAGUCUAA